GGCUGAGGGGCUACGUGUUUAUUCCUCGUGGUUUGUGGGACUAAACUCUGCAGACAGACUCGGAACUGGAGGACAUGAAGCAUUUUAAUUCGGUUAACAGAUGAAAACUGAAGAUUAAUUCUAACUGCAAAUAUAAAAGUGAAACCUGCAGAAAUGGAUUUAUUCAAGCAACAGAAAGUGGAGGAUUUCUAUGAGAUUGGUGAAGAGCUGGGAAGUGGCCAGUUUGCCAUCGUGAAGCAGUGCAGAGAGAAGAGUUCUGGUCUGGAAUUUGCUGCUAAGUUCAUAAAGAAGCGUCAGAGCAUGGCGAGCUCCAGAGGUGUCCGGCGGGAGGAGAUCGAGAGGGAGGUGGACAUCCUGCAGCAGAUCCAGCAUCCCAACAUCGUGACGCUGCACGACGUCUAUGAGAACCGAACCGAUGUGGUUCUGAUCCUGGAGCUGGUCUCUGGUGGGGAGCUGUUUGACUUCUUGGCCCAGAAAGAGUCUCUGAGUGAGGAGGAGGCGACUCAGUUCAUCAAGCAGAUCCUGGAGGGAGUUAAUUACCUCCACGCCAGGAAGAUCGCUCACUUCGAUCUCAAGCCGGAGAACAUCAUGCUGCUGGACAAGAACGUUCCGCUGCCCAGAAUCAAACUCAUCGACUUUGGUCUCGCUCACAAGAUCGAAGCCGGAGUCGAGUUCAAAAACAUCUUUGGGACGCCGGAGUUUGUAGCUCCAGAGAUUGUGAACUACGAGCCACUGGGUUUAGAAGCCGACAUGUGGAGCAUUGGAGUCAUCACCUACAUCCUACUCAGCGGAGCCUCUCCUUUCCUGGGAGAAACCAAACAGGACACUCUGGGAAACAUCUCGGCCAUAAACUACGAAUUCGAUGAGGAGUUCUUCUGCCACACCAGCGACCUGGCCAAGAAGUUCAUCAGCCAGCUGCUGGAGAAGGACAAGAAGAAAAGAUUAACAAUCCAAGAUGCUCUGAAUCACCCGUGGAUCAAGUCCAAUGAACACAAGGAGGAGAAUAAAUCCCUGGAGCCGAAGAAGCGUGAGCGCCGCCAGCUGAAGACCAAGCGCCUCAGGGAGUACACCAUCAAGUCCCACUCCAGCAUGCCGCCCAACAACACCUAUGUGAACUUUGAGCGCUUCGCCCAGGUGGUGGAGGACAUCGACCAGAUGGAGAGCUCCUUCGCCAGCCUGGCCACAGCCCACGACUCCCUGCAGGAGGACAUCGACGCCAUGGUGUCCAUCUACAACGACAAAGAGGCCUGGUACAAGGAGGAGAGCGAGGGCGUCCGACACGAGCUCUCCCAGAUCCGCUACGAGUUCCGUAAGGUGGAGGCCCUGAAGAGGAGCCUGCAGGACGACAUGCAGACCUUCAGCUGCAGCCUCGCCGCCAUCAGCGACCGCUACCAGGAACGGCAGAACCACUUCGACGCCCUGAGACUGGAGCUCAGCAACGAGCUGAGGUGGGUCCAGGAGGUGAUGGGGUCUUCUCCUCUGGAUGGAGGAGGUGGAGGUUACCCCAACUGUAGCUUCUCCACUGUCUUCAACAACGACGUCAACGAGGCCCUGAAGGAGCUGCUGAACCGAAGCUGUGGAGGAGAACUUCUGUCUGGGAUCAACCUGGACUUCACCGAGACCGGACAGCAGAGAUAAAUCAGAAACUGAGUCACAGAAACACUGACAGGAGAAAGUAUUCACCCCCAUGGAAGGUUUCAUAGUCAUAGGAGUCUUGGUGGCCUCCCUCUCGAGUCUCUCAGGUCUUGAGGACGUCCUGCUCUAGUCAGGUUUAUUCAUGUUCCAUCUUCCUUCCAUUUCUUAAAGAUGGAUUUAACUGGACUCCAGGAGAUCUUCAGGAUCUUUGAAAUGUUCUUGUGCCGUUCUGACUGAUGCUUUCAGUAACCAUCCUAAAGCGGCUUGUCUUGAAAAGCUGAGUGGCAGUACAAGAAAGAGACUAGUGAGGGAGGCCACCAAGACACCUAUGACUCCUCUGAAGGAGUUCCAGCUUCAGCAGCUGAGAUGUUAGAGACUGUUCAUAGAACAACUGUUGUCUGUUCUUCACCAGUCAAAGCUUUAUGGGGACAAAGAGAAAGACUCUGAUGGAAAAAGCUCCAAUUAAAUCUGGACUAGAGUUCACCAGAAGACAUGUGGAGACUCUGAAGACACCUGGAAGAAGGUUCUUUGCUCUAACGAGACCAGGAUGGAGCUUUAUGUCCAUCAGACUAGAUGAUAUGUGUGAUGGACACCAAACACUGAACAUCAUCACAAACACACCAUCCCCAUUUGUGAAGCACGGUGGUGGCAGCAUCAUGGUGAAGCACGGUGGUGGCAGCAUCAUGAUGUGAAGCAUGGUGGUGGCAUCAUCGUGAUGUGAAGCACGGUAGUGGCGGCAUCGUGAUGUGAAGCACGGUGGUGGCAGCAUCAUGAUGUGAAGCAUGGUGGUGGCACCAUCAUGAUGUGAAGCAUGGUGGUGGCAUCAUCGUGAUGUGAAGCACGGUAGUGGCGGCAUCGUGAUGUGAAGCACGGUGGUGGCAGCAUCAUGAUGUGAAGCAUGGUGGUGGCAUCAUGGUGUGAAGCAUGGUGGUGGCGGUAUCAUGAUCCAGUAACAGUAGAAACCUUCUGGGGGUGAAAACUUUUUAAAGACUGCAUUCUGAUCAGAUCCAGUCAGUAAAUAAUAGUUUUAUUUUAGUUCCUACUGACGAUAACUUGAGCAAAAAUCAGUAAAAUGUUUAACAACCUUUUAGUUUCAUUUUAUCCACUGAUGUCAUGAGGUUGAAGACAGAGGAUGUUUUUUAUUGUCUAUAAUCAUCUAAAUGAUGCAGAUCCACUGUUUACUUUCUGUUGUUUCUGUCUUUUGUCUCCCCCUUCUGGCUGUCACAGUAACUACACAACCUGUCGUCCUUCCUCUGUUUUGU